AUGAGCUCGCGGACUUUUUUUGCCAAUUAUGCCGGCCAAAAGUGCUACACAUUGGUUGAAUCGGAUAUGGAAACAGAAGCGAUACUGGAACCACCGGAUGAUGCUGCUUUACGUUUCUUAAACGGAGAGACCGUUGAUGAGACAUGCACUUUGGAGUCGUUGCAGUUUACAGUUACGUUCGUAUGCAAUGAAGGACAAGAGACAUAUCGGGGCAAUUUCGAUAGCAGCACGAGGGAGCCGUCAGGAAUUUUACAGGGUGUGAAGAAGACGGUUUGGCUCCAAUGGCUGAAGGAGAUGUUUUUACAAGGCGAGUUCGAUUUGGACUACGAAUUCAAGGUGCUGGACACAGAGAACAGCAAGAAGCUUGCAGUGACCAAAGACUUUGGAGGGGUGCCUAGUCGAAUAUUGUUUGAGAUAGAGUGCAGUUUGGCAGAUGGUGAUUUCUUCAAUCUAGGAGAUGACAUUGCCAUCAAGUACGAACAGGAACUGGUGCUCAGGCGACGAAUAAGACAGCUGAUGCAGAAAAACGAGCAAAUGCAACGGGAUUUCGACGAGUGCCAAAAAAUCAACGAGCAGCACGCUGCUGCUAGCCAACGCGUCCAGGAUCAGAUCGCAAAGGUUGUAAUUCCGAUGUUCAACGAGAAAAAACGGCUGUUGCGAGAGCAAAACGGGGUACCUGAGUUUGAGCCGUUCGAAAGCAUCAAAAAAGAGAAUCUUAUCAAUUGGCAGCGACCCGACGCUCCAGUGAGGUUUGAUUAUAACGAAGAGCAUAAAGACAGAUACCAGCAAGAGAUCGAACAGGUGUCACCGCGCAAGCGAAAGCGAAAGGUGGUUGUCCGCGACCCGAGUCCGGACGAUACGAGCGAGACUCAAGACGAUGACUCUACUAUUUCUACAGACUCCACCAAAUCGGAUAUGCCAUAA